AUGGAACAAGAACAGGAUCCUGCUAUUCUAGAAGAUGCAAACGUUAAAGCUAUUAAAGAAGAGAUCAAGAAAGCCUUUAUGUUUGUCAGUAAAGGGCUGAAUACUGAUGAACUGGGUCAAAAGGAAGAAGCAAGGAACUACUACAAGCAAGGACUUGACCACUUGCUUAGAGGAGUUAACAUUCCAUCACAAGGUCCUGAAUGUACAGGAUCCCAAUGGGACUCUGCCAGACAAAUGCAGCGAAAGAUGCAAGAGACUUUACAAAAUGUUAGAACUCAACUGAAUAUUCUAGAACAAAAUACUCCUGCUAUGCAAACUAAUGCCAUCACAAUGAAUGUGCCCCUAGAGGUGCCCAAGUUAUACCCAAUGAUUCCCACUAAUGAAAAGCCAGCAAGGCUCCCUGUACCUAAUUCUCUGAUUCCACCAUCUGGGCCUCCUGCAGCAAAUGAAAACGUUGCAACUACAAGCAAAGGGCAACCUCCAGCUAUGAGUCCUUCAUCUCCAAAAGCUCUCUCUCUACCACAUGAAGCUCCUCCUGUGUAUACUCCUCAAGCUACUGAUGGGCAAUAUACUGUAUCUUAUGGCACAGACUCUGGGGAGUUUUCAUCAUUUGGAGAGGACUACUACACAAAACGUUCUCAGCCAGCUCCCCUUGAAAGUCUAGGAGUAGAUGCAGAUGAAUUGAUCCUGAUUCCCCAAGGAGUACAGAUAUUCUCUAAUUGCCAUCAUCUCAGCAAGGUGAAUGGGGGAGCUGAGAGCAUUCUUCGCAGACCCACCGUACACUACCUUUUACAAAGAGAAGGUUUUUCUGGUUCCUCACCUGUACUUCCUCCCAAAGGUUUCCUCAGAACAUAA